AUGGCUGAGAUUGAAGCAAAAAAGAAGCAUAGAAAAGUGCUGAGAACAAGUUUUACAAAGGCAGGCAAUCGUUUGUACUCUUUGUUUAAAAGAAGUGAGCCCGAUUUUGAUGCAAUUGAAACAGAUUGGACGUGUUUUGAAUUGAAGUAUACUAAACUACAGGUAGCAGACAAUGAGAUUUAUAGUGAAAUGUUGGUUGAAGCCACUGAAGAGAACCUUCUUGCUGAGAUGGAAGACUGCGAUGGAUACAAAAUGAGGUUUACAGAGUUGCACAUGUUAUUUAAAAGGCUGGUAAAUGCUCGUAAUGAAGUGAAAGUGGUUGAUGACUCUGGUAACUCAGUAAGUUCAGAAGAAGAAUUAAAAGGUAAGCGUAGAUUUAAGUUGCCCUCUAUUCAGUUUAAGCGUUAUGAUGGAAAUAUAAAGGGAUGGCUACCUUUUUGGUCACAGUUCAAAAAGAUUCAUGAUGAUUCGUUCAUAGAUAAAUGUGAUAAAAUAGAAUAUUUGAUACAAGCAACUGUUGAAGGCAGUAGGGCUCGACAACUUGUUACAAGUUUUCCUAUGGUAGCUGAUAAUUAUCAAAAGAUUAUAGAGUGCAUGCAGGCUAGGUUUGGCAGGGAGGAUCUUCAGAUAGAAAUUUAUGUUAGAGAGUUACUUAAGUUAGUUUUAGAAAACUCUAUGGCUACUCAAAAGUUAGAAUUAUCUCUGUUAUAUGACAGCAUUGAAACACAGUUGAGAGCUUUAGAUACUUUAGGGAUAACCUCGGAUAAAUAUGCCGCAAUAUUGUAUCCAUUGAUUGAAUCCUGUUUGCCACAGGAUAUUUUGAGAAUUUGGCAGAGAUCUAGUUUUUGCAAUACAGCAAGCUCGGCUGAUCGUAAUUUAGGAUCAAAUCUUUCUUUGAAUUCUAAUAUGAAUAAAGACACAACUUUGGAAUUGAAACUAGUCAACCUUAUGAGUUUUUUGAGAUCUGAGGUAGAAAAUGAACAAAAAAUAUCUUUAGCUAGCGAUGGUUUUGGUUUAGCACAGAAUUUUAGUAACUUAAAUUUAAAAUCUGAUAGCGAACAUGUUCGUAAACGCAAUGUCAAGAGGGAACCUUUAUUUUACACUGCUGCUGGUUUGUUAAAUAGUACAGAUGUUGUCAAAUGUUUGUUUUGUGAUGGAGCACAUGAGAGCACUUCUUGUUUUAAGGCACAGAAAAUGAAUCUAGAAGAAAAGAAAAAUUGUUUGUCUAAACAUAAGGCAUGUUUCUUUUGUUUGAAGGGGGGUCAUCAGGCGAGGAAAUGUCGCACACGUUUAAGAUGUAUUUUAUGCAGCAAAUCCCAUGUUCCACUUAUGUGUCCUAACCUUUCUACCAGAAAAUUUCCUGAUCUGACAGAUAAACAAAAUGUUGAUAAUACUCCAAAGGACCAAACUUUAAGUAAUUUUACUCACACUCAUGUUUUUAUGCAAACUGUUCGAGUUAAUCUAAAGGGUCCUAAUGGUACUUGUGUUGUGAGAGCCUUAAUUGACAGUGGUUCACAGAGGUCGUAUCUUUUGAAGUCUGUAGCUUUGGGUUUGGAAGCCAAACGAAGGGAAAAAAUCGUUCAUUGUCUUUUUGGAGGUACUGAAUCAAAUAGUACACACUUUUGUUAUGAUGUUUUAGCAAGUCAUGGAGACUACACUUAUAAUAUGGAAGUUUUAGAUCAGUCGUAUAUUUGCAACGAAAUACCUUCAGCUAUUUAUGGUCCAUGGGCUCAGGAAUUAAAGUCUUUAAAUAUUGAAUUAUCUGAUACGGAAGGUAGUGGUCCGAUUGAACUUUUAUUGGGGUUAAAUGUUGCUGAUAUUUUUUAUACAGGGAGGCGUCAUAUAUUACCUAGUGGACUUGUAGCUGUUGAAACAUACUUUGGAUGGACAAUAAUGGGGAAAUCUGCAAAUACAAGCCCAGGGUCACAAGCUAAUAUGACUUGUUUAAGUUUAUUUGUUAAUCCAUCCAUUACUGAACUGUGGGAGUUGGAUGUUUUGGGGAUUCAGGAGCCUAGUGAGAAGAAGUCCAAGGAUCAAUUGGCAUUGGCAGCGAAGGAGUUAUUUUUACAAACUGUAAUCAUAAACCAAGAAGGCAGAUACGAGGUUGGACUUCCUUGGCUGGAAGGGCAUCCGUCAUUACCAGCUAAUUUUAAUGUGGCAAAACGUCGUUUACAUUCGGUCGUGUCCAAGCUCAAAAGAGAUAAUCUCUUUUCUCGUUAUAAUGAAGUAUUUCAGGAAUGGGAAAAUUUGAAAAUAAUAGAAAAAACAAAUAGUGACUCCACCACUGGACAUUUUUUACCCCAUCGACCUGUGUUAAAGGAGGGAUCUACGACCGCUGUUAGGCCAGUGUUUGACGCCUCAGCUAGAGAGAAAAAUAAACCUUCACUUAAUCAGUGCCUUGAAAAGGGACCAAAUCUGAUUGAAAGUAUUCCACUUUUGCUUCUUAAAUUUCGUAAAUUUGAAAUUGGAGUUGUCUCUGAUAUUAAGAAGGCCUUUUUGCAAAUAAGUGUCAAUAAAAAUGAUAGCGAAUUUUUAAAGUUUUUAUGGCUCAAUGAUAACGGUGAAGAAAUUGUAUUAAGACACAAGAGAGUAGUCUUUGGUGUGAAUUGUAGUCCGUUCUUACUUGGGGCUACCAUUGAUUACCACCUGUCGAAAUGCCUCGAAAAUUGUUCUUUACCUAAUGCUAAAUAUUCACAGGAAACCAUUGAGCGUUUAGCCAAAAGCUUCUACGUAGAUAAUUGCAUUUGUAGCAUGACCAACCGAGAGAGUUUAAACACUUUUAUUAGGGAAGCGGUUUCUGCAAUGUCUGAUGCGCAGUUUGAUUUACGAGGGUGGGAGUUUUCUGGAAACUCCGACAAUUUUUUAACAAUGCCUAAGUGGGCGAGGGGAAAGCUACAAGAUCAUUAUGAAGAUAGUGCGAUACUUCACUUGGAAAGAGCAAACCAGAUAAAGAAAGCUGUCCUACAAGUAAUCAGCGGUCAGAAAACCUUAAGAGAAGCAGCAGCAAUAAACUCUAUAUCAAAAUCGGCUUUGCAGCGUCAUGUUUCAAAAUAUAAGGCUCUCUCAGGUGAUGAAACAGAGAAGUAUGAUUUUACACAAAAACAUGGGUAUAAAUCCGUAUUUACUGAAGCACAAGAAGCUAUGUUGGCACAAUAUUUACUUGAUGCCUCUUAUAUGUGCUACGGUUUAACUGAAAGAGAGACUAGAAUUUUGGCUUAUUCUUUUGCCAUCACAAAUUCAAUCGUUAUACCAGACUCUUGGAAUUUAAAUGGUGCUGUUGGGACUGGAUGGAUGAAAAAUUUCCGACAUCGUAAUUCGCGGUUGAAGUUACGCACACCGGAAGCUACCAGAUUAAAAAAAAUGAAUGUAUCUAAAAAGCAUUGGCACAAAAUUUUGCGCCUAAGCUCUUAA